ACGCCGCUUGCUGCCGGGGAAACGGACUUCUGAGGUUGUACUGAAUUAUGCCGGUGUACUAGAAACUCCCGCCAUUUCGAUAAGGAAUUAACCUCUUGAUUGAUCCACUUUACUUUUUUCACAGGAAUUUUUUUCAGGGCACUUAUUCUGAUAACACGAAGUUCCAACUACGCGACAUGCCACGAAGACAAUUCAUUUCGAUGUGAACAGGCCCGAGUUUGCAAAGAGCCGGAGGUGGAGAGCGCGCCAGACCUCCUGCUGAACCGAGCUAUUGCCGCGAGUUUGAUUUCGGCUGGCAUCCCUUCAUCCACAGCCAGAGGAGACAAAAGUUUGCCAACUAAGAGGGGGGACAACUUCAGACAUUCCCCUCGUAUCAAAACCUCGUGUAAAACCUACAUGACACUGCUCCAGGAGGGUAGGAGAAGGAUGCGAUGAGGCUGGUGACGAGAAGUGCGGUGUUAUUGUUUUGCAGUGAAGUAGACAACCAGCCUGCUAUUAGCUAGCUAGCCGCUACACGUUGAGUGCCGUGCCCGGCCUACCGGCGGUAACGUGGAACGUGCUAACGUUAGGUGCUGACAUUUCGGGACCUUCGGAUACAUGCUAAGGUCACAUUAUUGUAUUUUGUAUAACUAGUUAAUAGCUGGAAGUAAUUUUACACUAGGCAUCAGUGCCGUCUUGCAUUUGCGAUGGCACCGCUUUUGGGCCGGAAACCUUAUCCGCUGGCUAAGCCGCUAGCCGAGCCACCAGGCCCGGGAGAGGAGGUCUACAUCAUCGAACACACCAAGGAGGCCUUCAGGAACAAAGAAGAGUAUGAGGCGCGCCUGCAGAGGUACAGUGAGCGCAUCUGGACAUGCAAGAGCACUGGAAGCAACCAGCUCACACACAAAGAAGCAUGGGAAGAGGAGCAAGAAGUCACUGAACUGCUCCAGGAGGAGUAUCCCCAGUGGUUUGAGAAACCGGUGCUGGAGAUGGUGCAUCACAACACAGUAUCCUUGGACAAAUUAGUUGAAAUGGCCUGGGUGGAGAUCCUCACCAAGUAUGCUGUGGGAGAAGAGUGUGACUUCCUGGUGGGGAAGGAUAAAAGUUUGCGAGUGAGGGUAGUGAAGAUCCAUCCACUAGAGAACCCGGAGGGCGAAGCAGGCGAGAAGAAGCUGGAGGGAGCCUGCGACUCUCCGUCCAGUGACAAGGAGAACGCCAGCCAGGAGAACCAGAGGAAGGAGCCUCCUCUUAGAGAGGAAGACAACAGGAGGGACAGUCUCAGUGACCGAGCACGGCGUUCACCAAGGAAACUUUCCACUGUUAUGAAAGAGGAGAAGAAGAAAUGGGUGAUGCCGAAAUUCCUUCCUCAUAAGUAUGACGUGAAGCUGGUCAAUGAGGAUAAGGUGAUCAGUGACGUCCCAGCAGACAGCCUCUUCAGAACUGAGCGCCCUCCAACCAAGGAGAUCAUGCGUUACUUCAUCAGGCAUUAUGCGCUGAGGCUGGGCAUGGGAGAGAGCGCCCCCUGGGUGGUCGAGGAUGAACUGGUGAAGAAGUUUAACCUGCCCAGCAAAUUCAGUGACUUCCUGCUUGAUCCCCACAAGUUUUUAGCCGAGAAUCCCUCUGCCAAGCGCAAGAGCUUAUCGUCUCCUGAGGGUAAACCGAGCAAGAAGCUCAAGACUUCUGACACCCCAGGGGAAGAAUCAGGAGGUGAGAAGGGGGAGAAGAAGAAGAAAAAGAAGAAAGACGGUGUAGCCAUGCCCCUGAGUCCCACUAUCUGGGGCCACAUGCAGAAAAUGAAAAUGAAUGGUUCUCCACUCAAGGUUAAAAAUUCAGGAACCCCCAAGAAAGCAGAAGGCAAAAGCUCAGCUCCCUCCACCCCAAAAUCAGGCAAAAAGUCAGGGGACAAGAAGGAAAGCAAGAAAACUGGAAAGAGUGACAAGAAGCUCAACUGCCUCAAAGCUUCUAAAAAGGAUAGUAAAACUGGUCCUAAGACACCGAAGAUGAAGCAGAUGACUCUGUUGCAUUUGGCUAAGAGCACUCCUGCUGGGAGCCCUAAGAAGAGAGCCCGUAGCACAGGUGCUGGUACACCCAAGCUGGGCAAGCCUUUACACCCCAUGGCUCUCCACCUCCUCCGUUACUAUAAGGAGAACAAGGGCAAAGAGGACAAAAAGAAUGCCCUGUCCUCCCUCAUCUCCAAGGCUGCCAAGACCUUGUCCCCAGAGGACUGGGGUCGGCUGCCCGAGGAGCUCAAGGAGCUGGUGCAGAAACGCUGGGAGCUGCUGGAGCAAAAGAAACGCUGGGCAGCCAUGAGUGAAGAGGAGAGGCAGGAAGAGAUGAAGAAGAAACGUGAGGAGCUCAAAGAGAAGCUACGAGAGAAGGCCAAGGAGAGACGUGAGAAGGAGAUGCUAGUUCGCCGUGAGCAGUCCCGCCGCUACGAGGACCAAGAGAUUGAGGGUGGCAAGCCCCUGCCAACAUUCAGACUGGUAGACAUGCCCGAGGGGCUGCCCAACACCCUGUUUGGUGAUGUGGCCAUGGUGGUGGACUUCCUCAACUGCUACUCAGGGCUGCUGAUGCCAGACGACCAGUACCCCAUCACAGCAGUGGCGCUGAUGGAGGCGCUAGCUGGUGACAAGAGCGGCUUCCUCUACCUGAACCGUGUGCUGGUGGUGCUGCUCCAGACGCUCCUGCAGGACGAGCUGGCAGAGGGAUACAGUGAGCUUGACAUGCCCUUAUCAGAGAUCCCGCUGACCAUGCACUCAGUGUCAGAGCUGGUGCGGCUGUGCCUACGGCCAUCUGACACCCAUGGUGAAGACAGCGGCCAGGACUCGGAGGACUGGGCCCUGGGAGGGUUUGAUGACGUGGUGACCAGUGAGUUCCUGGACAGGCUGGAGACAGCUGAGAUUUUUGAGCUCAGUCCUCAGGAGAAGGUCAGUCUGCUCGUGGCACUUUGUCAUCGCAUCCUCAUGACCUACUCGGUUGAAGAUCAUGUUGACACCAUGCAACAGCGGUCGGCUGAGCUGUGGAAGGAGCGGCUAGCAACGCUCAAGGAGGUCAACGACCGCAAGAAGGCAGAGAGGAAGAAGCGCAAGGAGAUGGAGGGCAAAGUCAAAGAAGAGGGAGGCACACCCAAAGGAGAGAAAACAGAGAAGAAGAAAGAUGGAAGCGCCAAGAAGGAGAGCAAGAAGGAGGUGAAGGUGGAGCCGGAGCCAGAGGACAUGAUCAGCUCAGUGAAGAGCAGGCGGCUGAUGGCCAUCCAGGCCAAGAAGGAGAAAGAGGAGCAGGACAGGCAGAACAAAGAGCGCAUGGAGAAGGAGGCAGAAGAGGAGCGUAUGCGUAGGCAGAGGGCUGCUGCGGAGAGAGCUUUCCAGGAUGGUAUAACUAAAGCCAAACUCGUCCUGCGCAGGGCUCCUCUGGGCACAGAUAGAAAUCAUAAUAGGUACUGGCUGUUCUCUGAUGUGGUUCCUGGUCUGUACAUUGAGAAAGGCUGGGUGCAUGAAAGCAUCGACUACAACUACACACCUCCACCUGAAGAGAAACCAGCAGAACCAGCAGAAACAGCAGAACCAGCAGAACCAGCAGAGGCUGAGGAGAAACCAGUAGAGGCUGAGGUGGAAGAGGAGGAGGAAGAUGGUGCCGUGAGUGAGGCAGUCCAGCAGGGGGCAGCAGCAGACGUCUGCAUAGAGACAACCAUUCCUAAGCAGGGACAAAACCUCUGGUUCAUAUGCGACACCCAAGUUGAAUUAGAGGAGCUGAUGGAGAGCCUCCAUCCUCAGGGAGUCAGAGAGAGUGAACUGAGGUCAAAGAUACAAAGCAGGUACCAGGAAUUAGUCCACUCCAUCCAUUUGUCCCGCAAGGCCAAGUUGGGCCUCAGAACGUGUGAUGGCCACCAGGAGCUGCUCAAAUACCUGCGCAGUGACAUCCAGGAAGUAGCCUCCCGACUUCAGAAAGGAGGCCUUGGAUACCUGGAUGAAAACACUGACAUUGAAGAUCAGGUGGUUAACAUGGAGAGCUUGAAAGAUUUUGGGGAGUGCAUCAUCACCAUUCAGGCCUGCGUAAUCAAGAAGUUCCUGCAGGGAUUCAUGGCACCUAAGCAGAAGAAGAAAAAGAAGUAUGGAGGGGAAGAAAACCCCAAGGCUGAGGAGGUGGAUGAGGAGAAGAAGCUGGCAGAAGAGGCCAGGGUGGCAACAGCGGUAGAAAAAUGGAAGACUGCUAUCAGAGAGGCCCAGACCUUUUCCCGCAUGCAUGUGCUGCUUGGCAUGUUGGAUGCCUGCAUCAAGUGGGAUAUGUCUGCUGAGAACGCUCGCUGCAAAGUCUGCCGCAGGAAAGGUGACGAUGAGAAGCUUAUCCUAUGUGAUGAGUGCAACAAGGCCUUCCACCUGUUCUGCCUGCGCCCGGCGCUCUACCGCAUCCCUGCCGGGGAGUGGCUGUGCCCGGCCUGCCAGCCUGCUGUAGCCAGACGCUGCUCCCGUGCACGGAACUACAACGAAGACACUGAUGAAGAAGAGGAAGAGGAGGAGUCUGAAGAGGAGGACUCGGAUGAGGAAGAUGAAGACGAUGAGGAGGAGAAUGACUAUAAGGCCAUGGGGCACAGCUUGAGACCAAGGAAGAAGAACAAGCAGUCUUCAUCGCGCCCCAAGAGCUCAAAGAGCAAAUCCAAGAAGCAGUCUCCUUCUAGUGGUCGGAGUAGCAAGCAGAGGACCGGCCCGAGCAGCCCUGCAGACAUCGAUGAACUGGUGCGGCAGAGCUCUCGAUCAGGAAUGCGCAGACAGGCGCUGGAGCUGGAGAGGUGUGAGGAGAUCCUGCAGAAACUGAUUAAAUUCCGCUACAGCUGGCCUUUCAGAGAGCCUGUGUCCUCAGAGGAGGCAGAGGACUACCUUGAUGUCAUCGCCAACCCCAUGGAUUUCCAGACGAUGCAAGGCAAGUUCAGCCAGGGCUCAUACCGCCACGCCCAGGACUUCCUGGAGGACAUGAAGCUGGUCUUCUCUAACGCCGAGGAGUACAACCAGGAGGGCAGCCCCGUGCUCGCCUGCAUGACCAAGACGGAGCAGAGCCUCACCGAGCUGCUGCACAAGCUGCUGCCUGGCCUCAGCUACCUCCGCCGGCGCUCACGCAAACGUGCCACCCGGGCACAUGCAACCUCUGAGGAAGAAGAGGAGGAGGAGGAAGAGGAAGAAGAAGAGGAGCAGGAGGAGGAAGAAGAGCAGCCGAAGGGGAAGAAGAUGCAAAAUGGCAAGUCAAUCAGGUCGAGGAGAGAUGCGGCGGAGCAGGAGAGGAAAUCCAGACAUGGCAGGGGACAGAGGGAGGAGGAGAGCGAGAGUGAGGAAGAGGAGGAUGCUGGCAGGAGGAGGAGUAAGCGGGCCUCCGCCACUUCCAGGAUGGAUUACAGGGAGCAGGACAGCGAUGGCGAGCGGGACACGCGGAGAACUCGGCAGCGGGGGGGCCGGGGGGAUGCUGGGGGGGCGAGUAGUGACGAGGACCGGUCCAGCCAGCGACAUUCCAAGAGGCAGAAACGCUCAUGAAGUCCAGGGUGCUUUUUCUUGUUUUGUUGUCUCCCCUUUCUCUUCAUCUCUGUCCCGCUCUUCUUAAAAUGAUCAAGAACCCCCCUCACACACACAUCCUCCUCCCACAACCAGACAAAUGGGACUUAAUGCUCAGAUGGAGUCUUUUUUGUGUUUUGGAAUUUAUGUUCAUAUUUUGGAAAAACAAACAAAUGAGAAAAGAAAACUGAUUUAUAUUUGUAACAUGUUUUCAUAUUGGUGAAGUGUUUUUUUUUUUUUUUUUUUUUUUUUGUUUUGUUUUUUCCAACUAAGAAAAAUGAGACAUUUGAAAUAAUUGAGAUGUCCUGAGAGCUCUUAAGAGACUUUAAUUUGAAUUUCAAUCCAAAGUUGACAACCUCACACCAUGUUAGUCUUUACAAAAUGUAAUUUUGAAUUAAUGUGCCAGAAGUUUUGAGCUGGUAAAUAGUAAUCCAGGAGGAAGCUAAAAACUGUUGUCAUGUGAACUGUUCCGCUUUCUUUCUGCUCUGCGUGACCCUGAAACACCGGCCUGUGGUGUUAUCAGAGGUCUGUCGAUCUUCCCUCAGGCCAUACACACACACACACACACACACAGUCCAGCCAUCACUUGACCUGGGUGUUGCAAAAUAGAGAAUUCUAGCCGUAAAACCUCUGUCCCACCCAAAUCUGUUAUGAUCCAUAGUAUUAUCAGUGACUAGAAGUACUUUUUGUGUUAAAGUGUUGAUGUUCUUGUUGCCUGGUUUUAGAAAAAGAUCUGACAGGCUGACAGGAUUCUGCUUCCUGUUUCCUGUCCCCUGCAGAUCGUUCUCAUCACUUAAGCAUCUUAUCACUCAGAUUGUCUCUGCUCUAUUUAAAGCCUGUGGACAAACAUGAUGAAAUCAUAUUUGUAUCCUGGCUUGAGGCUACUCUCUCUCCUUUUUUUUCCAGCCCAGGUUAAGACAGAUUUAUUGCGAGGCAAAAAUUGAAUAUGGGGGCCAGGGAUAAUUCAACUACACUCAUCGCAUUGGUGCUGAAAAUUUGGGUUUCGUCCCAGAUUUUGGUGCCAAGAUGAAUUUGAGAGCGGGGAGCCUGUUCUUGAAAUCUCAUAGAGCUAACCAGCCUUUUGCCCUGCAAAAGGAAGGAUUGGUACCUCCAUACUGUCAGUUUGCACUCCACAUACAAGAAGUGCACCACUUAGGCCAACUGUGGCAGAACCAUGCUUUACUCUGUUGAAUUAUGUUUAUAAACAUUUGUAUCCAGUGUUUAAUACAACAAAUGUGAUGUUUGUUCAGAAAAUGGGCAUUUUGAACUUUUUGCACAUUUUAUUUGGUAUUCUAUGUGACACUUGUUAGUCUAUCUUAAAUGCAUCCUGUAGAUUAGCGAGGUUCAACCCAGGCUCUCCUAGUCUGUGCAUCAAUCACAUGUUGAAGUCCUUUUGCAUUUUAUUUGGCACCACUCCCAUUUUGCAUCAGAUAUUUUGUGUCUCCCAGUUAAGAGACACAAAAGAAGUCAGCUGGUGUCAUUCCCAGCACAUGUGCUGUCAGAGUCACCAGGUGGUGCUGUAUUCCUGCACUCAACACCUUUUCCAGGGUCCCAAAAGUAGUCCAGUGGCCCCGUCUCAGACAUCGCUGUGCAAGCAGGACUGUCGUAAACCUAACACCCAGCACCCUGCUGCUUUGUGGGUGCACCCACCUCUGGCAGCCAAGAAGUGGGGCGCCUUGCAGAGCUGUUCCAUGUUGGCUCAGAGUUCGCCAGGUCCUGUAGCCACUUUGCUGAGUAACCAGUAAGCUUUUCAAUUUCUAAAAAUAAAUUUGACAGUAACUGUAGCAAGUAUGUUUCAGAAUGAGAUAGGCACAGUGCCCACCAAGCAAAUACCUGUUGACACACUUGUGAAUGUCCAGAGAAUUUUUUUUUUCUUAAAGCGGCAGUGGUGGCCCCUCAGCAGUGUAUAUAUCGAUAAGGCAGUGGUUUACAAAUAUUGGUUUACCCUGUUCUGUUGUACUGUGCUGUGCUGUUUUCCUAAGUGUUUCUAGUGCUGGUAUCAUCAAGCCUUUUCUGAUUUUAGUUGGAUUUCAUUUGGCCACUUUUGUUUUUUUUUUUUUUUUUUUUCCUUCAGUGCAUCAGGAUGCUUUUUGUUUUUGUUCACCUCUGUACAUGACAUAAUUAAAAAUUCAUCAUUGGCUGUUAAUCAUUAUAAGUCUUUUCAAAAAAACAUGCAAAAGUGACUGCCCUCCUCAAGUUGAGACCUGUCUGUAAAUGCUUUCUUUAUUUCUGGAGGAACUACAAAAGUCUUUUACACUUUCAUUUUUUAUAUAUAUAUUUAUAGUCUCUAAAACUGGGUUUGGGGAGGUUCGGGGCAGGGGGGGAUUCACAUGUAAAGAAUUUCCAAUAAAGGCUAUGGACGAAGAGCGUAGUCCUUGUUUCUUUGUGUUGAGGUGUUAAACAUCUCCAGGCCAGACAUCACUGCCAGCUGUAAACUUUGAUUGAUAAUGGGGAGGAGGAUGGGGUGGCCAUGACCGCAGACCAAUGUCUUCUUUACUUUUUAAUAAAAUAUCCUGCAAUUGUC